AUGGCCCAAAACUCCGCUGCCUUCAAGACAAAUCUGUCGCAGGAGCCCAUACCCGAGUCACCACGACAAGCUUCGCCUCCCAAGUUGUCUCCCAGAAAGAACGGGAACACCCCUGAACUCGCCCCCAAUGCAAACCCAGACAAGUUCACAGACGAGGAAGAGCUCGACGUCAAGAUGCUGCCUGGCAACCCUACUGAAGCGUCAGCCAUUAAGGUGGGCAAUUCGCUUCCCAAAUCGGGCACGAGCAAUGGCGUGAAUGGCAAGUCUGCUGCCACCGCCAAGGCGAAGUCUACCAGUGCCACAAAACCUGCUCCCAAGAUAGUAGCUCCCAUCUCGACAGCUGCAAAGACCGCUUCCAAAGCUCCAAAGUCACCAAUGGCUGCCAGAGCACCCAAGAGCCCAACACCGACCAAAGCACCGACCAAAGCUUUGACUUCGGCCCCAGUGAACAAGGCCCCUGGUGCAAACUCGUCUAAAGACAGCACAGCAGCGAAGAAGCCAACCACCACAAGAACUGCGGCGUCUGCUGGCAAGAAGCCAGCAUCGGUGGAGAUCCCUCCUAAAGGGGCUGGGUUCGUCAAGCCAAAAGUCAAGUCACCUACUCGACCUGUCAAGCUGCCUUCCUCACUCACGACGCACACCGCUGCGUCCGCUUCAAAGCUUGGUAGCGGUAGUGCUGCUCCUACUGCGGCGAGAACAUCCCUUUCACGAGCCUCUGGCAACGCACAGCACCUUGGCGUGAACCCAACGACCCACCGAUCACCCAGUCGAAACAGCGUCUCAACUUCAGGCGCUGCAUCAAGCACGAAGAGCCUGAAGCGUCAGAGUUCCACCAUUGGCAGAUCGUCACGUCCCAGUAUUGGCCCCCCACCCAAGCCAACGGCCAAGGAGCACCCCGUGGCCAAGAAGGAGGCCCAUGUUGACGACAGCUUCCUCGCCCGCAUGAUGCGUCCCACGCAGGCCAGCUCUAGCAAGACCUCGGACAAGGGACCCAUCACGCCGCCACGAAAGCAGAGUGCACCAACGAACAUCCCCAAGAAGGUCGUAUCAAAAGAUAUUGAAAGCAGUGCAAAAAAGGCCGCAUCAAAGAUUCACACGUCGACAGACAAGGCGAAGGAGGCUAAAGAAGUCGUGAAGCCGAACGCAGCGGAAGAACCCAUGGCAAAGGAAGUUGGCCCCGCCGUCGGCCAGGCAGAGACUGCCGAGGAUGCUAUUGAGACGGCUAAGGCUUCGACUGAAACUGCUGCUACGCCGCUUGUCGAGAAGACAACUGAGGCUGCUCCGAGUGCAAAGGAGAUCGCCCCCGUGGUAGCACAAGAGGCUACAGCUGAAGAUAUCGAGACGGCCAAGGCCUCCAAUGGCACUGCGGCCGCUCCCACUGCUGAGAAGACUGAAUCUGAGGUCAUUUUCCAGUCAGCUGUGGCCGAGGAGAGCAAGGCUGGAACUAAUGAGGCGUCAGCCGAGCAGGCGGCUUCGGUCCCUGUUGUCAGCAAAGACCCACACAAGGUCGAGGAUAUCGAAGACCUGGUUCACUCGCAAGCCGCUGAGCCUACUGUCGAGGAGCCUGAGCAAGCACUAGAGGUCAGUGAGCCUGUUGUUGCUACGAAAGAUGAGGUUGCUCCUGUUGGAAGCGAAACCAGCACCGCUGUCGAGGAGCCUCAGGUCGAGGACCAGCCGGCUGGAGAGUUCAAGACCGCGGAAGAGCAGUUCGAGGAAGAGACCACAGAUGAACCGACAACCGCGGCAAUCAAGGUCGAACAGUCAUCUCGUCGUGAAUCCCUCGGUGUCGAUGGAGCUGCCGACUCUGCCGACCGAGUGACUAUGGCAGAAGAGACCAAGCCCGCGGCCACCAUUGAGUCUGUAUAG